GACUACGGGUGCCUGGCCGUCUCUUGCGGAAGUCCAUGCGCCGUUGGGAGGGACUCGGCGGCUGCUCUAUGCCCUUGUUGCCGAGGGCCUUUUCCUGGGUCAUUGCGGGAGCAGGAGUCGGACUGUGGCCGACACGGGGCUCCCACGUGGCCGUCUAGGCGCCUGUGUGUGGUCUGCGCUGGCGGGAUGUGGCGAGCACGCCGGGCGGCCGUGGCCUGUGAAGUCUGCCAGUCACUAGUGAAACACAGCUCUGGCAUUCAAAGAAACUUCCCACUCCAAAAACUACAUCUGGUUUCACGAAGUAUUUAUCGUUCACAUCAUCCCGCCCUAAAGCUUCAAAGACCCCAAUUAAGGACAUCAUUUCAACAGUUCUCUUCUCUAACUAACCUUUCUUUACAUAAAUUAAAACUGUCUCCAAUUAAAUAUGGCUACCAGCCCCACAGGAACUUUUGGCCAGCAAGGUUAGCUGCAAGGCUCUUAAAACUUCGAUAUAUCAUACUGGGAUCUGCUGUUGGAGGUGGCUAUACAGCCAAAAAAACCUUUGAUGAAUGGAAAGAUAUGAUACCAGACCUUAGUGACUAUAAGUGGAUUGUGCCUGACUUUAUAUGGGAAAUUGAUGAGUAUAUUGAUUUGGAGAAAAUUAGAAAAGCCCUUCCCAGUUCGGAAGACCUUGCUAAGUUAGCUCCAGACCUGGACAAGCUUGCUGAAAGCUUCAGCUUACUGAAAGAUUUCUUCACCACAGGUCACAAAUUGGUUAGUGAAGUCAUAGAAGCUUCUGGCCCACUUCUCUUGUUAGGUCCACCCGGAGAAACAGCAUUUAGAGCAACAGAUCAUGGAUCCGAAAGUGACAAGCAUUAUAGGAAGGGUCUGCUUGGUGAGCUCAUUCUCUUACAACAGCAAAUUCAAGAGCACGAAGAGGAAGCACGCAGAGCCGCUGGCCAGUAUAGCACGAGCUAUGCCCAACAGAAGCGCAAGGUGUCAGACAAAGAGAAGAUUGACCAACUUCAAGAGGAACUUCUGCACACACAGUUAAAAUAUCAGAGGAUCUUGGAGCGUUUGGAAAAGGAGAACAAAGAGCUGAGAAAAUUGGUUCUGCAGAAGGAUGACAAAGGCAUCCAUCAUAGGAAACUUAAGAAAUCUUUGAUUGAUAUGUAUUCUGAAGUUCUUGAUGUUCUCUCCGAUUAUGAUGCCAGUUACAAUACACAAGACCAUCUACCACGGGUUGUUGUGGUUGGAGAUCAGAGUGCUGGAAAAACAAGUGUGUUGGAAAUGAUUGCUCAAGCGCGGAUAUUCCCACGAGGCUCCGGGGAGAUGAUGACCCGCUCUCCAGUGAAGGUGACUCUCAGCGAAGGUCCUCACCAUGUGGCCUUGUUUAAAGAUAGCUCUCGGGAGUUUGAUCUUACCAAGGAGGAAGACCUUGCGGCAUUAAGACAUGAAAUCGAACUCCGAAUGAGGAAAAAUGUGAAAGAAGGUUGUACUGUUAGCCCUGAGACCAUCUCUUUAAACGUCAAAGGCCCUGGACUGCAGAGGAUGGUGCUUGUGGACCUACCCGGUGUGAUCAAUACUGUGACAGCAGGCAUGGCUCCUGACACUAAGGAAACUAUUUUCAGUAUCAGCAAAGCUUACAUGCAGAACCCUAAUGCCAUCAUCCUGUGUAUUCAAGAUGGAUCUGUAGAUGCUGAGCGCAGUAUUGUUACAGACUUGGUCAGUCAAAUGGAUCCUCAUGGAAGAAGAACCAUAUUUGUUUUGACCAAAGUAGACCUGGCAGAAAAAAAUGUAGCCAGUCCAAGCCGGAUACAACAGAUAAUUGAAGGCAAGCUCUUUCCAAUGAAAGCUCUGGGUUAUUUUGCUGUUGUAACAGGAAAAGGAAACAGCUCUGAAAGCAUCGAAGCUAUAAGAGAAUAUGAAGAAGAAUUUUUUCAGAAUUCAAAACUCCUGAAGACAAGUAUGCUCAAGGCACACCAAGUCACCACGAGAAAUUUAAGCCUUGCUGUGUCCGACUGCUUUUGGAAAAUGGUUCGAGAGUCAGUUGAACAACAGGCUGAUAGCUUCAAAGCCACACGGUUUAACCUGGAGACGGAGUGGAAGAAUAACUACCCUCGCCUGCGAGAGCUCGACAGGAAUGAACUAUUUGAAAAAGCUAAAAACGAGAUCCUUGAUGAAGUUAUCAGCCUGAGUCAGGUUACUCCAAAACACUGGGAGGAAAUCCUUCAGCAGACUCUGUGGGAAAGAGUGUCAACUCACGUGAUUGAGAACAUCUACCUUCCGGCCGCACAGACCAUGAAUUCAGGAACAUUUAACACCACAGUGGACAUCAAGCUGAAACAGUGGACUGACAAGCAGCUUCCUAAUAAAGCAGUAGAGGUGGCUUGGGAGACGCUCCAAGAGGAAUUUUCCCGCUUCAUGACGGAACCCAAAGGAAAGGAGCACGACGACAUAUUUGACAAACUCAAGGAGGCCGUGAAGGAGGAGAGCAUCAAACGGCACAAGUGGAAUGACUUUGCAGAGGAUAGCUUGAGGGUCAUUCAGCACAAUGCUUUGGAAGACCGGUCCAUAUCAGACAAGCAGCAGUGGGAUGCAGCCAUUUACUUUAUGGAAGAGGCACUUCAAGCUCGGCUCAAGGAUACUGAAAAUGCUAUUGAAAACAUGAUAGGCCCAGACUGGAAAAAGAGGUGGUUGUACUGGAAGAAUCGGACCCAAGAGCAGGGUGUUCACAAUGAAACCAAGAAUGAAUUGGAGAAGAUGCUGAAGUGUAACGAGGAACACCCAGCUUAUCUUGCAAGCGAUGAGAUUACCACAGUCCGGAAGAACCUGGAAUCUCGAGGGGUCGAAGUGGAUCCAAGUUUGAUUAAGGAUACUUGGCAUCAAGUUUAUAGAAGACAUUUCUUAAAAACAGCUCUAAAUCAUUGUAACCUUUGUCGAAGAGGGUUUUAUUACUACCAGAGGCAUUUUAUAGAUUCUGAGCUGGAAUGCAAUGACGUGGUCCUCUUCUGGCGGAUACAGCGUAUGCUGGCCAUCACUGCCAACACAUUAAGACAGCAACUUACAAACACUGAAGUUAGGCGACUAGAGAAAAACGUUAAAGAGGUAUUAGAAGAUUUUGCUGAAGACAGUGAGAAGAAGAUUAAAUUGCUGACUGGCAAACGGGUUCAGCUGGCUGAAGACCUCAAGAAAGUUAGAGAAAUUCAAGAGAAACUUGAUGCUUUCAUUGAAGCUCUUCACCAGGAGAAGUAGACUGUACCACAAUCCUGCUCAUAAUCACCUCUGCAUACAUUCGAAGAAGGAAACUUCAGAGCCUUGUCCUGUCUCCUUUCUCCUGUUCUACCUUUUCAAUGCAAAAUAAAGUCAUAGGGUGAAAAUGACGUACGUGUGUCACAGGCACUUCAGCCCCAGAAGAACAGCACAAAUGGCACCCCCAGUCUAUGUGCUUGUACUGGCGUGACAGAUUGGGAAAACACAAUUGAUACUCCUCAGAGAUGAGGAGGUGAUCUCAAGUCUUAUGCACGGUGGCACCAAUGCAGUUUGUUAUGGAUGUCAUCAGACAUAUAGUGGUAGUUGCUUUGGAAUAAAACUUAUGGUGAUUUUUUUUAAAGACAAAUUGUGUAUAUGGUGACGGUUGCCUGCUAAGCCGUCAUCUGUCUGCAGUGUUCUGUAUCCAGGACUGUUUGGCUGUAAUAAUUCAGUUUAUGUUCACCACAUGAAAGAAAGCUGGUUUAUAAAAGAACGCUUCAGACAGGUUAACUUGUGUUGGACAGUUCAGUGUGUAUUCAGUGAGAGAAAUGCCCUCCAUUGCCAGCUUAAAAACUCACCUUGGAAGCCAAUAGCAGCAGCUUACCUCGGUUGCUGUUUUUUACACUCUCUGUAUCUAUUUGCAAUUAAUUCUUGUUGAAUAUUGUGUGCUUUACGUCAGCACUAUGGUACUAGUAGGGGCUCUCCUGUUGACAGGAUCUUGAAUUCUCCCCCAGAUGGAGACCAUUGAAGGCAAUCAGUUGACCAGUUUCAUUUAGAAUGCUGUCAGAGGUUUGAAUUCGGCCUCAGGAGAGGACUGCACCAUGACUUCCUACACUAGUUUAAAUGACAAUUAUUCUAGCGUGGGAGAACAUUGACCCACCCCUCUUCAAGCUGAAAAUUCUAUUUAAUUCAUUGCAGUUCAGUUACAGUAGUGACCCUCAUAAUAUUUUCAUGUGUUAAAAUUAUAGUGGUUAAAAGACUUUAAAGGAAACAAAUAUGCCAUAUUUUACUUAAACGUCUCUUUCAUUUGCUACCUUUUUUUUUUUUUUUUUUU